CACACACAUACACACACACACUCUUGCAUCGGUUUAAUUUUUCACAAGCGCUCUCUCCGCUACUUCUCCUUUACGCCUCUCUCUCUCUCUCUAUUCCAAUCCCAAAAUCCUAAAAUCGACGAAUCUGUUCUUCUCCUCUCUUCGUCCUCACUCUCUUUCCCCUUCUUCUUCCUCCUGCUUCUGGACCAUUGUCCAAAAAACCCAUUCUUUCCAUUGAUUUGUUUCUCUCCUCGUGAUUCUACCCAAUUGCAUUUUUGUAGAUUUGAGCGAGAGAGAGAUAGAGAUAAAGUUAAAGACUUUCUUUUCUUUUAGGGUUCCCUUCUUCACUAUCACUUUUUUUUAAGCUGUGCGAAGCUUCUGGGUUUUCGUCUCCGCGCCUACAUUAUAUCUCCUGAACGUUUUAGAAAAUUUCGAAUUCGAUGAUAGAAACGGAGGCUGUUGAGAGGAAACGAUCCAGAGGAGGGUUCUUAACUCUCUUUGAUUGGUCUGGUAAAUCCCGGAAGAAGCUCCUCUCCUCUACCACCACCUCCUCUGGACCCUCCGGAGAAGCAUCAAAGCAAGAGAAACAAAAUGCUCAAAAGUCAUCCCUCUCUGCUGAGCUUGAGGAGACUGGAAAGAGUUUGACUUACAGUCCGAGAAGGGACUCUAGUUGCUCUACAUCCACUGUCACUAGCGAUGACAGACAAGGGUCCAGAGCCCCUAGUGUGGUCGCCAGGCUCAUGGGUUUAGAGUCUCUGCCUGUCCCAAAUUUCCUGGAACCUCGGUCUAAUCCUGAUUUUGAUCCCUUCUUCAAGGCAAGCACGUGGGAUGCAUACGAGAGCUUGGGCUAUGUAAAUCUCCGGAGCCACUACGAUGGCAUUUCUUGGGAUCAUUUGGAUUCAAGAACGAAUAACAACGAAUGUAACCGACCCAUUAACCGUUUCCAAACCGAAACUUUACCUCCAAAAUCGGCUAAACCGAUCUCCGUCACUCACAACAGGCUCUUGUCACCCAUCCGGAGUCCUGGUUUUGUUCAGUCCAGGAACCCUGCUCAGGUAAUGGAAACAGCUUCGAGAAUGAUCGAGCAAAGUCCUCGGAUACCUGCUAAACCACGGUUUCCAUCAUCCUCUGAAGCUUCUUCUUCUUCAUCGAUUCCAAUGAGGAUCAGAGAUUUGAGAGAGAAACUAGAAGCUUCACAGAAAAAACCAAGUCCACAAAGCUCUAAUGCCACCCGCAACAAUAAGUAUUUAAGAGGGAAGCACGACGAUAAGAGAGCUACAUCAUCACUCAAGACACAUGAGGAAAAUAAAUUAUCGGGUAAAACAAGUAAAGCGAAGCCUUCUUCUGUAUCUUCUUCACACACGAAGGCUAAUACUAUUAUUCACAAGCAAGAGAGCUCAACGUCCUCAAGUGGCAACAGAGCUCAAAAGGAGAAGGUGGAAACCAAGAACCGCAUAACUAGCAGUGGGAGGAAAACUGUGGCUAAGCAGAAUAACCAGAAACAGAACCAACUCGCUGUGACGUCUGUUUCAAAACAGAAAGGCAGCAAAGCGAUGAACAACAAAGUUGUAAACAAGGUUUUGGUUGUGGAAAGCGGAACUACAUCUAGAAAGCCUAGCUUUACAGCAACAUCGUCGGUGGAAAGAAAUACUACCGGCAAAAAGAACCUUCCCCGCAAGAAAGAACCGGCAAAUGGGGUGCAAGAACGGAUCAAGAGAGGUCAAAAGUUGAAGAAAUGUAACACCAUUGUUGAUAGAGGGGAAGUUGAUGAUAGGAAGAAGGACAUGGAUGUGAUAUCAUUCACUUUCUCAUCCCCUAUCAAGGGCAUAUCAUCCAUUAAAAAGACCGAUCAAGAAAGAGACUCUGCACUUAGUUUGAGUGCAGCAAUCAACGGUGAUUCUCUCAAUAUUCUGUUGGAACAAAAGCUCAGGGAGCUAACCUCUAAGAUUGAGUCAUCUAGCAGUGGCCUUACCCAAGAGGGAGAGUCUUCAGGUUCCAUUUCAAAGGAUUGGGUGAAUGGGACUAUCUCAUUGCCAUCAGAUAAAGUUUCAUCAGAGAGCGAAUCUGUUUCUGACUGUACUUCAUUCUACAAUAACCGAAAAUUCCAGGCAGAAGAGCAGGAAGUUAACAGCUUUGGAACAGAAGCUGAGGAUCUCCAAACCUCAAAUUCACGCAAUGAGAUUGAAGAAACAGAACCAGUUACUUUAGGAGAAGCUGAAGAAGGCGAUGAUUGGGAGCUAGAGUACAUAACCGAGAUCAUAGCCUCUGGGCAAAUGAUGGUGAAAGAAAUCUCCUUGGGGAUGGCUACUGAUAUAUUACCUUGGAGCCUCUUCGAGGAACUCGAAGGUAGUAAGAGAGAUCCACAUGGAAAGGUGGAGAGAAGAACGGUGUUUGAGUUUGCGAACGAGUGGUUAACACUCAGAUGCGAGAAGAUGUUCAUGGGAAGCUGCGGAGGGUUGGUGGGGAGAGAAGGGAUGGUGUUUGGGAGGAAAGAGGUUUUAGCUGAAGAAGUGAAGAGAGAGAUGGAGAGGUUGAAGAAGAUGAGAGAGAUGGUGAUGAUGGAUGAGCUAGUUGACAAUGAGAUGAGUAGUUUUGAAGGGAGAUGGCUUGAUUACAAGAGAGAGGGUUACGAAGUUGGAAGUGAGAUUGAAGAAGAGAUUUUAUCUGAUUUAGUUGAUGAGUUAGUUAGUGAUCUUCUCUUGUGUUAUUAACGACCUGGUUGGUUGUCUUCUAGAAAGAAUUGUUUCUAUACGUUUAGAAAUAAUAGCAUUCACUGAACAUGUCUCUAAAGUGGCAAAUAGUUUUACUUUUAAA